AUGACUGUGGGCGUGAUGGUAGGCGGCCAUGGGCGUGAAUGGGCCGCUUGUGUUGCCCCGACUACCGCCCACUCCGAGUCGAACACCGCCCCUGAUCACUCCUGCACCCAAGCCUCCGUCCUGGCCCCGCCCGUCCUUACGCCCACAUCCCCGCUGAUGGUGAUGGCCGACGUUCAUGCAGAAGCUGCCACUCUAACCUAUGCUCAUGAGCACCAGCAGCGGGAGGCUGGCCGGACAGCGCUGAGGGUGACGCUGACGAGGGUGGUGAAAGAGGGGGAGACGCCUCCCUUGUGGUUCUCGUCAGAGGUAGCCGCCCAGCUGGGUCUCCCCUUUUUGAACUUCUCCCACAUAAGAAACGGAGUGUAUGUGUGUCCACACUGCGACCGUCAGUUCACGGCGCCCAACCCCCUCAAGCUCCACCUGGCGGCCCGCUGCGACACCCUGGCGUCGCACUUGCUGUGGGAACGGCUCUAUUGUUCUCCCGCCCGCGUCACGCCCAAGCCUUGGUUCACGCCUCUGCUAUCCCGCCUUUCUGACAAGACUUCAGUGUCUCAAAAGCCGCCGUUGCCACCUUCCCGAGCCACUAACAAUUCCCCGGGGACGUCACCAAGCGUGUCAGGAGGGCGUAGGUCACCUGUGGGACAUAAACCAGUGUCACCUGAUUCCACCAGUUGUCAUGUUAACACCUCCAGACCCACCUCACCCAGGUCCUCCCUCGUGGGGCAGGAACCCCGCUCCGCUUUCCGACGGGUGAGUAGCAACGUCGGGGGACGUCCAGAGGGACCUGUCCCUAGACUCCAAAUUUUUCCAAGACCCCCAACAUUACUGCCCCCAGGUCCCUCUCGUGGUUACUUUAGGGCAUCUACGGUACACCCGCUCAUCAUGGGCGGUCCACAACCCACAAAUGGCUCAAAUUUAUUAUUGAACCCACGAUUACUGUUGGGAACACUAAUACCUAGUCACUCUCGCUCCCAAAGUGCCAGUGCCACCCAGCCCCUGAUGCCAGUCAUGCCACUGGCUGGGGCUACUCGCCCUCUCCUGGACGCGAGUCCUGCCGGGGGUACAGUGGACCCUUGUGCUGAAAUGGAGACGCUGGUAUCAAAUCUGGGUCGUAGCCGACGCGGUCAUCUUUGCCUUUACUGCGGUAAAGUGUACUCCCGGAAAUACGGCCUCAAGAUCCACAUCCGCACCCACACAGGCUACAAGCCCCUUAAGUGUAAAGUUUGCCUGCGACCCUUCGGCGACCCCAGCAACCUGAAUAAACAUGUACGACUACACGCGGAGGGUGAAACGCCCUACCGGUGCGACCAUUGCGGGAAAGUGCUGGUGCGACGCAGGGAUCUCGACCGACACGUCCGUUCACGUCAUCCCGAGGCCCUGCCAUCCUCCGCUAACCCUCUCACGGAUACUGAUGAUGAGGACGACAUUCUGGAGGUGGAGAACGAUGACUUCUCGGUACAAGCUGAUGUCCUCGAUGAAGCUUAGUCUACCCGGGUCUGUAGAAGCUGCUUACUGACUUUAGGGUAUAGUUUAAUUGAUCAGAUCACGCUCAGCUGUAUUCAGCGAUGAACCACAACAUUCCCUUCCAUAGAAGUACAAAUCGCCUGGUCAUGUUCAUUCCUGUAGUGUAGAGGAUGUUCCACACAUUUGAAGACAAGCGCCAAAUUUUAUAUAAAAAACUAAAACUUCUGAGAUUGAUUCUUCGGAUACUUUUUAUAACCAGUAACAGUACCGGUAGUUCUAGUCAUGCUAAAAGAUAAUUAGGUAAGGUAAUUUAUCGUCCAGUGAAAUUAAUUAUAUUAAUUACUCUUCAGUAAUAAUUUUGAGUUGCGCUCUAAAGUGCUUUACUAGUCUUAAUUACUUUAUUAAUAUUGUAUUCUUGUAUUAUUAUUACCGAGGUAAAUUAUUACUAGGUUGUGCCAACAGCACCUCACUUCCCUCCUAGUGGCAGCCAGCUGAACCAUGAUCAGUUAGUUCCCUUCACUUGUGUGUCCACGUGGUGAUGUGUCACUGAAUUGACCUAAUAACGUGCCUUGUCAUGUGAUCUCUGACCUAUAUAUGUGCCAUGUCACCGGACUGACCUCAAUACAUAUCCUGUGUCAUCAUGAUCGAGUCCGUGACCUUGUUGAGUGAAGGUAACGACCUCAGUUCCUGUAUACAGUAGUUAAGUGAAUUGUGUGUACUGCUAGUGGGCCUUGUGACCUGACAAUGCUCCUUCAUGUGAACUUAUAAGUAUUCAUUCCUGGAAAUAUUACUGGCGAACAUUUUGACCAGCAAUAUUAGUUUUUUGAACACAACCUGUAUGAGGGUUAUGGCAGUUAAUCGUCCUUGUUGUGCAGGUAAACCGUAUAUGUACAGUAUAUAUUAACGUCAGUAGUAUAGAUGUGUACACUCAAGUGCCAACCUCCUGUGAUAUACCAUUUAUAUCCCGAUAAUAGUUUGUAUUUCUUUAUCAAAUACUUCAUAUGAACAUUCUAUAUUUUGUAAUAUGUAAUAAUAUUUUAUUAAGACACCGUAGGACAUAUAUAUUAUUUAAGGAUAUUAAAUAUUCAUGUAUUUCCCUGUUUUAUUGACAAGAAAAACACACAACUAGACUAGAUGAUUUAUUAAGCAACGUGAGACAAACUUGUUAUACCGCCACCUAGGGUUUAAAACAACACAAAAUGGAAAAUGAUUACUCUCAUUCAUAUCUCGAUA